AUGGCCGACUCAGCUACGCCCCACGAGUACGAUAGCGAGAAGGACUCCACCAAGUGCUAUGCGGAGAAGACACCUAGUACAUCCGAGGAGAGUCCAGGCGUAGGUGAUCUCGAGGUGAAGGAGGUGGAAGCACUAGAGGAACGUUUGGAAAAUGACGAGGCAAGUGACAACGAGUAUCGUGUCGGGGAAGCAUAUGAGGUCGCGAUUAAGGUGCUGUCGACUCGUGACGAUCCCGAAUUACAAGCCGUUACUUUUCGCACCGCCGUCCUCGGUCUCGGAUUCUCCGCGUUUGGCGCUGUCCUCGCUCAAAUAUAUUACUUCAAGCCGCAGACCAUACUGGUUUCCCAGCUGUUCUUGCUUGUGCUUUCCUAUUGGUUCGGGAACCUGAUGCAUAUGUUCCUGCCGUCUCGAGGCAUUUUCGCAUGGCUCAAUCCUGGUCCAUUCAACAUCAAGGAACAUGUCGCGAUCAUCAUCAUGUCUUCCACUGCUGCAAAUUCUGCCGUAGCGAUCCAAGUCAUCUCGGUGCAGGACCUGUACUACAAUAAGAAGAUGAAUGCCGGGUUAGCGAUCUUCACUCUGGUCGGGUCGCAAUUGCUUGGCUACGGAUACGCUGGUUUGCUCCAGGAUGUACUCGUCAAACCCACCAAGUGCUUCUGGCCAAUCAACAUUCCCAUUGCCAAUCUCUUCCAAGCCUUGCAUUACGACCGGCAAAUGACUUCUAAACGUGUGCGCCUGUUCUGGACCAUCUUCACCGUGAUGUUCUGCUGGGAAAUUAUCCCGCAGUGGGUCUUCCCGGUACUAACUGGGGUGUCUAUAUUCUGUCUGGCCGACAAUCAAAGCACUGUCGUGCGGAAUGUCUUCGGUGGUGCUAGCAACAACGAAGGGAUGGGCUUGUUAGCGUGGUGCUUUGACUGGAAUCUCAUUUCCAGCCAGUGCCUCUACAACCCCUUGUGGUUGCAAGUCAAUCAAGACAUUGGCAUUGUCCUCAGCUACGUUCUUAUGGCCGCUGUAUACUACGCCAAUAUAUGGAAAGCAAAGCAGUUCCCUUUCCUCAGUCAAGCCAUCUUCGCUGAGAAUGGAUCGCAAUAUGAUCAAACGGCUCUGCUCACAAACGGCAAGUUCAAUGCUACGAAGUAUGCCGAGCUUGGUCCCGCCUAUUUCUCAGCAACGAACGCCCUCUACCUGAUCACUACAAACCUGUCAAUGGGCGCUAUCGUCACUCACGUGUUCCUGUUCCACUGGAACGACCUGAAGCCCGUGUUCCAGGUUCUCAAUCCUUGGAACAAGAGCCAAUACUUGGUACAUGAUGUGCAUUAUGAGAAAUUGAAGGUCUACAAGCAGAUUCCUCGCUGGUGGUACAUUGUCGUGCUGCUAGUUGCAUAUGCUAUCGCGCAAGCCACCGAUUAUACUGCACAUUCUGGCAUGCCGUGGUGGACGUUAACGGUGAUCAUUAUUAUGUCAUUUAUAUUUUGUUCUCUGUACGGGCUUCUGGCGGCGACAAUCGGGUUCUAUGAGUUCACGUCGUCCGGAACUGGAUUCUUCCAGAUGAUUACAGCCUACAUCAUCCCUGGAGAUCCUGUCGCAAACAUGUAUGGCGCACUUUAUGGACAGCACUCUAUGGUGCAAGCUAUUGCCUUGCUGCAAGAUCUCAAACUUGGCCAAUAUGUGAAGCUGGCACCUCGGGUCACAUUUUGCAUGCAGCUGAUAGGAACCGUCGUCGGCGCCAUCUUGAACUAUGUGAUGAUGUUGACAAUCAUUCAGAAUGACAGAGCCGCGCUGCUAAGCAUUUCAGGCACGCGGUUGUGGUCUGGACAGAAUGCACAACAAUAUAAUUCGAAUGCAAUUGCCUGGGGAGCUCUUGGCCUACAAAUGUUUGGACCUCACGCGACCUAUCGGAUGGUCCCUAUCUCUUUGGCGAUCGGCGCGGCGCUUCCCAUACCGUUCUAUAUCGCACACCGCAUAUGGCCUAAGGCUGGUUUCCAGAACUUCAACACCUCGGUGAUCAUGCAGUACUCAUGCUACAUGAGUGUUGGUAUCAACACGUCCAUCAAUGCAAGUAUGGUCCUCGGCGUGCUGUCCCAGUGGUGGGUACGUACGCGCUACCCCCGUUGGUUCACCAAGUACAACUACAUUGUCGCUGCGGGCCUAGAUGGAGGCACUCAGGUCAUUAGCUUUAUCCUGAACUUCGCCGUCUUCGGUGCUUCUGGAAUGGCGCACAAUUUCCCAUUCUGGUGGGGUAAUGAUACGAACCUAUCCGCGGACCGUUGCACUCCCGCAUCAAAUUGA